CACCACAAAGCAGUCCACGAGAGGUACCGAGCCCGCCCGAUGGCCAUGGCCGCUGCUGUCGCGCGCCGCCUCCUCCGCCUGCUCUCCUCGCGCCCGAACCCUAAGCCCGCCUCCCUCUCCUCCUGCUCCUCCCCCUCCCCCUCCUUCGACACCCCGGCCACCGCCGGCGAGCGUGAGGGCGACCCCCUCUCGUGGCGCCUCCUCCGCCUCCGGUCGCCGGGCGCGGCGGCCGCCGCCAUCGACAGAUGGGCCCAGGAGCGCGGCCGCGUCUCGCGGCCGGAUCUCCAGCGUGCCGUCUCCCAGCUCCGCCGCGCGCGCCGCUACGGCCACGCCCUCGAGAUUUUAUCAUGGAUGGACUCACGCAAAGAAAUUAAACUAUUACCAUUGGAUCAUGCAGCUAGACUGGACUUGAUUGCGAAAGUGCACGGUACUUCUCAAGCUGAGGAAUAUUACAACAAAUUACCAAACUCUGCUUCAAGGGAAGCUGCCUCAUUCCCUAUGCUCCAUUGCUAUGUCGCUGAAAGAAAUGUUCAGAAAGCAGAGUCCUUUAUGGCUAGCCUGCAGAGCAUUGGGCUGCCCGUCGAUCCUCACUCGUUCAAUGAAAUGAUGAAACUCUAUGUUGCAACAUGUGAGUAUGAGAAGGUGUUUAGUGUAAUCGAUCUGAUGAAACGCAACAACAUUCCCAGGAAUGCUCUCUCAUAUAACCUUUGGAUGAACGCAUGUUCUGUCUCUGAUGUUACGUCUGUACAAUCAGUCUUCAAGGAGAUGGUUAAUGAUGGUACGAUUGAGGUUGGUUGGAGCACAUACUGUACAUUGGCCAACAUCUUCAUGAAGCAUGGACUGAAUAGUAAAGCCCUGGCUUGCCUUAGGACGGCCGAAACAAAAUUAUCAACAGCACAGCGCUUAGGAUAUUCCUUUGUAAUGACAUGUUAUGCAGCUCUGGGUGACAGCGAUGGGGUUAUGAGACUGUGGGAGGCUAGUAAAUGUGUCCCAGGUAGAAUCCCCAGUGCAAACUACAUGAGUGCUAUUUUAUGCUUGAUCAAAGUCGGCGACAUUGACCGGGCUGAGUGGAUUUUUGGAAGCUGGGAAGUGGAGUGCAGGAAGCACGAUGUGCGGGUUUCAAAUGUUCUUCUCGGUGCUUAUGUGAGGAACGGGUGGAUUGAAAAGGCUGAGAAGCUUCAUCUCCACAUGCUAGAGAAAGGCGGACGCCCAAACUACAAGACAUGGGAAAUAUUGAUGGAGGGAUUUGUUCAGACUAGGCAGAUGGAUAAAGCUGUCAAUGCCAUGAAGAAAGCUUUAUCUUUGAUGAAGGGCUGCCAUUGGAGACCUCCACUGAAACUGGUUGAGGCCAUCGCAACGUUCUUCGAGGAGCAAGGAAAUACGGACGAUGCAAACAGGAGACUUGUAUGUACGAAGAGAACAAAGUUAGCGGGAUUGAUCCGAUGCGUGACAAGUACACGCACAUGACACAUGACACCUCGAUUUGAUGGCAACAAGACCGACAUAGGAUGCACUGAAGCUAGGUGGAACAAUCUGUGCCUCUGUUUGGCUAGUACAGUAGUACGGGCGUGUUGAAAGAAGCUACAUCGCUGGCGUAUCAGUUGACACCGCUGCAUGUGGACCUGCUCAAUUGUUGAAAGGAAGAUAUCAUGGUGCGCGGGGGAUUCCUUGAAGUCGCUUCUUUGUUGCUUUGAUGUCCCCAAGAAGCGGAGGAUUCUAUCUGAUUGUGAUUUUGUGCUUCUGUUGACUUUGUUCUUUGGCGCAUUGUGUUCUGAUAUUGUUAUGGUGUUAUUUGGUGAUUGUGGUGCUAUCAGAUUUUUGACCUGUGAUAGAUGUUUCGAGGUCGAGCAUCUAUAGUGGUUUACUAGUAGUACCCCAACUCGCUCUCUCUUUCCUACUUUCUUGCUUUAGUAUGUUGCUUAGCAGUGUUGGAGAUGGUUGUAAUAAGGAUGAAAACUCUGUUAUCUUUCUGUUGAGUGAUUAAUGGAAAAGGUGAUGCCUGGUCCAGAGGCGGAUGUGCAGGUUGCAGGAAGAGGAUAAGUUGGAGAUGAUUGUAAUAGGGAUGAAAGCGUCCAGCACGGUAGGAAACUCCGUUGAGAACCCUAUGGUUAGAUUUUUGGAAGCUGAGAAGGGGAGUGCAGGAAGCAUGAUGUGCGGGUUUCAAAUGUGCUUAUGUGAGGAAUGGAUGAAUUGAAAAGGCUGAGAAGCUUCAUCUCCACAUGCUAGAGAAAGGCGUGCACCCAAACUACAAGACGUGGGAGAUAUUGAUGGCCGGCCUUGUUCAGUGUAGGCAGACGCCAAUGCCAUGAAGAGCUUCCACUGGAGACCUCCACUUUAAACUGGUUGAGGCCAUCGCUGCAUUCUUCGAGGAGCAAGGAAAUGCGGACUACACAAACAUGUACAUUAAGAUUCUUCAAAAGUUUAACUUGACAAGCUUUCCCCUGUACAAGUCCGUGCUUCAAGCAUAUAUUAAAGCGGAUACCGUGCUCCAACAAACAUUUCGAAGAUGAUAGCAAGAUAUGGCAUUGUUAUGGACGAAGAAAUGGGCCACUUGAUCAUAUGUGUGCUAGCAUGAUAGACAUCACAGGCAACGUGCAACUAUGAAAUCUAACAACCUGUAACCCAGUCGCAUGGUAAAUAGCAAUUUAGCUGGCAUGGCAAAAUAGAACUGCAGAUUAGACCGAGAACAUCACAUGACAAAACAACAUUUCGUUAUUCAGAAGGCAAGGUUAAUUUGUGGCUUUGCUUCGUGAAGUGAUUGUUUCUUAACAAAGGAUGAUUAUAUGCUUUUAUUGUGGAGGAUUAUUGUUGUAUGUAUGUAGACAAUCCUGGGGAAUUUGGAGUGCGUCAUACUUAUACAAGAACGGGAUAAGGUGGUUCUUAUAGCUUUAUAGGGAUGAGUAGUGUUCUACUUCCGUGGGAUAUAUUUUCCUUUUUUUUUUCAAGACUUGUUGUCUCCAAGUACUGUAGUUAUUCAUCUUCAAUAUCAUCCCUGAAGUUUAGUGAAACUAGGUAACAUUAGUUGUAGUUGGCUUGCCUUUUUUUCUUUGUAAUAAUGAAUUGCAUUCGCUAGGUGUGUCACCUUUUAUUCUUGAUCUUGGUACACAGUUUUGAAGGGCAAUACCAUUCUACCUACUAAGGAAAUUCAUUAUUCGUUUAAA